AUGGCCAAGGGAAUAUUCUUCAUGUCAUGGGAGCUGUGGCAGCAGAUGACCUUUGCACUUGCCGUGGCAAUAGCAGCCGUCUUCUGCGCCGGUCUGGUCAAGCUGUGGUGGACGAACCGUAUCGUACGAAAACAGGAGAUCCUGGACGAGGAAAAGAAGGCGCGGAUCGAUGACAUGCGCAGCACGGGGCUCCGACCUACCUCAUCCAAGCGCGCAGCAGCCAGCACCAUCCCUUUUGGGGUGCGGGCGAUCCAGAGUGGCGUCCAAGUUGACGGCAUAUGGAUCUCGGGAUCGGCCACGCCUACCGAAACAACAAAGCUUACCUCGGCGGUGACGCUGGUGAAUCUGGAUGCGGAGCAACAGAGGAGGGAGAAGACGAAGGCGACAGGGGUCACGACGACGACGUUGCAAAGGCUUGUUACACCCGACGGCUCACUCCUGCAAAGACUCACUGAUUCCGGCUCGUUGGAGAGUAACUCAUCAGGGGCAAUUCCCCCACCGACCUCGCGGUUCACGGCGGAGGACAAGAGGCAUUAUUAUCCUCAGCGCCAAGGUUUGCGGGCUCCCCAUGCUUUGAACGAAGAUACUCUCCGAAGACUUGAGGGUCAAGAUGGAGGAGCCCAGCCGCAAAGACCAGCAGUCUAUGACAUAUACGUGCCGACCACCUCCUCCCGACGACAACAAGAGGUCCGUGGUGGGCACGAUGGUGGUCCUACCAGGGGCAGUCAGCGAAGCACCGGUUCUGAAUCAGGCGACUCCUCCACCGAUUCUGCCCAGCAGCGGUUUACGCGAAGCGGGAGUGGAAGAUCCUAUAGCUCGUCCAGCGGCGGCGGAGGAGGGGGAAGACCGUAUGGGCCAAGAGAAGUCGAAAGAAGAGAUGCCGCCGUUCGUGAUCCGUUUGGCACUCCCCCUUCGCAUGUAAUGUAUCAGCAGCAGCAGCAGCAACAACAACAACAACAACAACAACAACAACAACAACAGCAGGAGGAAGAGGCAGAGCCCAUGAUGAUCCCUGCCCCUGAGCCGACGUUCGGGCCUGGGGAUUUGCAUUUUACCAACAACAGGUCUGCUGCUCGGAGGGUCAAUGACGGGUUUGAAGUCCUACCUGUUGGAAGACUUGGAACACCGGGUACCGAGCCCAGAGUAAAUCAUUAUCAUCUCAACGGUCUGGAAAGGGAGGAAGAGGGUGGUGAAGAAACUGGCCAGGCCCGGGGCAGUCGUGUGCCUGGAUAUGGACGAAGGUAG